CUAAGGUUUCCCUGACCUGGAAUAUCCUUAUUUGAGCUAACUUAAGUCUUAAAUUUUCUGCCCCUCUUUUCUUCCAGCAGGACACACUUCGUUGUGAAUGACCGCAACACGCAGCCCUUGCUCAACUUGUGGCUUGCCAUCGGGGCGGGGCGAGGAGAGAAAGCGGAAAUGCAGGGCGCGAGCGGGGCGGGUUAUUCUCCCACCCCCAUCCAGGCCACGUGUGCGCGCGCCGUCCUUUAGUGGGCGGGGCAAGCCCGCUCAGCACCCCGCCCCUCCCUUCCUGAGACGCCGCGGCCCUGCGGGCGGGGGCUCCGGUCCGGGCUUUGGCUGCGGCCCCGGUGUAGUAGCGGGGGCGGCGGCCGGGGGCAGCGCGGCUCCUUCCCUUGUUGUGUGUGUCGGUGCCUCCUCGCCAUCUUGUUGCAAAGCCUUUUCUUGUCGGCGGGACUCCCGGGGGCCGCGGGGCGGGAGGCAUCAGAGGGGGAAAAAGAGAGGGAGGGGAAGGAGGGAGGCAGUGCUGCCUUUUGUUUUUUUGCACCAAAAUUUUUUAAAUUUGCAAAUUAUAUUUUGCAAAUAUUUGGGGAAACAUUAAUUUUUUUCUCUCCGUGCUCUCCCAUUUUUCCUUGCGGAGUGCGCUGCGCCGCCCAGCCCUGUCGCCCCCCGGAGGUGAUCCCUCCCUCCUGCCUGCCCGCCAGCCUGACCCCCCGCUCGCGGGCCGCAGUCUCGGCCCCGGCGCGCCCCCGGCAGCUCUCGGCGCGAUGAGCAUAGAGACGCUACUGGAGGCGGCCCGCUUCCUGGAAUGGCAAGCGCAGCAACAACAGAGAGCACGUGAGGAGCAGGAGCGGCUUCGCUUGGAGCGGGAGAGGGAGCAGGAGCAGAAGAAGGCCAGCAGCCUGGCCAGGCUGGCCCAUGCCCUGCCUGUGGAGGAGCCCCGCAUUGAAGCACCACCCCUACCUCUGUCCCCACCAGCACCCCCUCCAGCACCCCCACCCCCACUUGCCACCCCCACCCCACUGACUGUCAUUCCUAUUCCAGUAGUGACCAACUCUCCUCAGCCCCUGCCCCCACCCCCACCACUGCCUCCUGCAGCCCAGCCUUUGCCUCUGGCACCUCGCCAGCCAGCCCUGGUUAGCACCCCUGGACUCAGCAUUAAGGAGUCUGCUCCCUUGCCCACUAGGCCACAGGUGCCCAAUCCCACUUCCCUGCUGCCAGACUCCAAGACCACCCUUGCAUCCACUGGCAGUCCCAAGCCUUUGCAGCCCCUCCCCACACCCAUCCUGACCAUAGCACCUCACCCUGGAGUUCAGCCCCAGCUGGCCCCCCAGCAGCCACCCCCACCCACUCUUGGGACCCUGAAGUUGGCACCAGCGGAAGAAGUCAAAUCCAGCGAACAGAAGAAGAGGCCUGGGGGGAUCGGAACCAGAGAAGUACACAACAAAUUGGAGAAGAACAGGAGGGCCCAUCUGAAGGAAUGCUUUGAGACCCUAAAGCGCAACAUCCCCAACGUGGACGACAAGAAGACGUCGAAUCUGAGUGUGCUGCGGACGGCGCUGCGGUACAUCCAGUCUCUGAAGAGGAAGGAGAAGGAAUACGAGCAUGAGAUGGAGCGGCUGGCGAGGGAGAAGAUUGCUACCCAGCAGCGGUUGACAGAGCUCAAGCAUGAGCUGAGCCAGUGGAUGGACGUGCUGGAGAUCGACCGUGUGCUCCGGCAGACUGGCCAGCCCGAGGACGACCAGGCCUCCACCUCCACGGCCUCUGAGGGUGAGGACAACAUAGACGAGGAUAUGGAGGAGGACCAGGCUGGCCUGGGCCCACCUAAACUGAAUCAUCGCCCCCACCCGGAGCUGCCGAAGCCCCCGCCCAGCGCUGCCCCUGCACCUCUGCCUCCCCAUCCACACCCCCACCCCCAGCCUGUGGCCCUGUCUCCCGUCCACCUGCCUGGGCAGCAGCCACCGCCACCACAGAAGACACCACUGCCGGCCCCUCCUCCCCCAGCGGCUGCCCCUGCCCAGACGCUGGUGCCGGCUCCAGCCCAUCUAGUGGCAGCAGCUGGCGGGGGCUCCACGGUCAUCGCCCACACAGCCACCACCCACGCCUCAGUCAUCCAGACUGUGAACCACGUUCUCCAGGGGCCAGGCGGCAAGCACAUCGCCCACAUCGCCCCCUCGGCCCCCAGCCCUGCUGUGCAGCUGGCCCCCGCCACACCCCCCAUCGGCCACAUCACCGUGCACCCUGCCACCCUCAACCACGUGGCCCACCUCGGCUCCCAGCUGCCCCUGUAUCCGCAGCCCGUGGCGGUGAGCCAGCCUGUGGCGGUGAGCCACAUUGCCCACACCCUCUCACACCAGCAAGUGAAUGGCACAGCUGGGCUGGGGCCCCCGGCCACUGUCAUGGCGAAGCCAGCUGUGGGGGCUCAGGUGGUACACCACCCCCAGCUGGUGGGCCAGACAGUGCUCAACCCUGUGACUAUGGUCACCAUGCCCUCCUUCCCAGUCAGCACGCUCAAACUGGCUUGAGGAGGAGGCCACUCAGAGGCCCCCAGUGGGGGCAGGGAGGGGGCCCAUCCCCCGCUCUCCCACCCACCAGCUCCACACAUUCCAGCCAGGCCCAGGCCCGACCCCCCCACACACACCCACCCCCAGGCCUCCUAGGGGAAGGGGGUGCAGAGACUCUGAGCCAGGGGAGGGAGGGCCACCCCAGGGAGCUGGGCACAGGGCAGGGGGUUACCCCCACUGCACUAGGACUUGAUCAAGUGAUGAGACACUCUUGUGAAUGUGCCACUCUGUCUGGCCUGGUGCCAGCUCCAGUGCCGUUCCUGCCUCCCCACUUUGUACCCUGCAACCCCGUGCGAUGUGGCUGUUGUGUUCUCCCGACUUCCCCGCUCUGCCUGCCUUCCUGUGCUGCUGCUGCUGCUACUGCUCUGGCUGAUGAGGUGGCCGAGCUCCCUCUGUCCUGAGCCUCAGCCUUCUCUUCCCAGGCCCUCAGAGGGGAAGGGGGGAGGGAGCAGGACUGAAGCAACUUGGCCCAGGGAGCUGGGGAGCUGGGUGCCUGGGGGGCUCUGCUCAGAGUACAGAUGACAGAUCCUAGGACACAGCGGCUGUGUGGUCCCAUCCUGACAGUUGGGCACCCCAGCCUGGGACUCUCCAACCCAGUCGUAGUCACUGAUUUGUUACCACAGAAACUAGUUAAGAGGAGUCUCUACCAGCAACUCAUCCCAUGCUGUUGCUGAGCUCCCUGAGCCUCCCCCGCCCCCAGUCCUUGCCACUGGGCUCCUGACCUCAGGAGGGUAGGCUGAGGGUGGAGGGUGGGAACGAAUGGCUUGGCCGUCCUGCCCCCACACCCACCCCACCGCUGGCCUGGGGCUGGACUGAGGAGAGAGCUGCUCUGGAUCUCUGUCCCCAGCCCUGGGCCUGGCUCUUAGCUUCCCAAAAGCAGAGGGGCUGGGGUGCGGUCACUUCUGCUGUCCCAGUUCCCUGGCCUCUGCUCAGAGCCAUGCGCGCCCCUGAGGGGUGUAUGCUGGAGUGUCUCCUCCUGUAGCCUCUGGUCUGGGUCUUAGGAAGUCCAAAUCCAAGGCCUGAGCCAAAUCCCCAGCAUCACCCCCCCUCCCCGCGUCCCUGAUGCCCUGGGGGGACCUGUAGAGCAGGGAGGAGGACUGCUGCUUGUGCCCCAACUGAUUUGUCUUUGGCAUCAUCUCUUUCCCCUGAACAUCAGCUUUUCUCCAGUGGGCUCUUCUGAGUGUGCCACAGCCUUCCUCUGAGGAAGGUCCUUAAGUUGGAUCUAGGGCAAGGCUGAGCUUGGGGUGGGUAGUGAGGGGGCCUUUGUGCAAGGCCUGCUUCUUUCCCUGCCUUUGCCUCUGCCCACUGCUUUGGCUUCUCUUUUUAUGUGGGUAUUUAUUACAAGUGACCUUGUGUUAGACACACAGUUGUACACAUGUGCACACUCGCCUCCCCACCUGGACGCACAUGGUGGCCUUUCAGCAUGGGGAAAGGAAGCCAGUGUCCGUAGGUGUGAAGUUUGCUUUGACGAGCAAGGGGAGCAACCUACAGGAAACUGAGGAGGCUGGCAGAGGUCCCUUUCAGUUCUUUCCUAGUCUUGGAGACCUCCCAGGGGCCUGGUCUCCUUUGUCUUGCCUGGGGUGGGGAAAGGGAAGGCCUCUGGUCAUCCUAGAGGCCCCCAAUAGGGAGCUUCACACCCCACAAGCUCCCUGCCUUCCUGUCCCUGCAGCCACCUUCUGCCAACCCUGGUUCUUGGGGAACCAGUCUCCGCUUUUCCCUGAGUGAUACCAACUGAAAGAGCAGAGGGAGCUGGACGGGCCUGGUGCCCAGGGAAUAGUCAGAGAAGCACUGGGGAGCCUGCCCUUUCAAGCUCUGUUCACCUCCCUGCAUCCUGAGGCCAUUCCAGAGUUGAAAGUGUGUCACCCAGUGGCCUCUGGGGCCUGCACAGAUACCUCAUCCGCCCGCUCACCGCCCCUGCCCCUCCCCACCCCUAGCAGUGGGGGCCUUCGAAUCUAGUGCCGAAUGACCAUGUCCAGAUUGGUGAUGAUGGGUGUUGUUGCUGUUGUUUUUGUUGUUGUUUGUGAAUGCUGUGAUGCUGUGUGCCCGAGAGGGCAGCCACCACCCAGCCCUUCCAUGGGCAUCUCCCCUCUGAGAGCUGUCAGGACCACGUCUGUCCUCACCCUGUGGGACCGCCUGCCCCUCCCCCUCCCCAGCCCUUCCAGCCUGGGGGACGCGUGCGUGCACACACACAUACACACACACACACACACCUUACCUCUCAUGUGUGUUUUACUUUUUGACGUUAAGAGUGGCUCACUGGCUGGGAGCUUUUACCUCGGGGAGAGGGGGAGGUUGGUUCCUUGGGGGCCAAAGAAGGGCAGGGAGUGCCUGGAGGGGAACUGGGGGGUCACUAUAACUCCUGCUCUCCAGGAACAGCUUCUCCCCCAUCCCAGGGUUCCAUCCCCAUCCCCCAAAGAGGUGGCCCUUGUUUACAGUGAGGACUUGGUCACUGUGUCUCCGUUUCCUGAAAUAUAAACUGUAGCGACCCCAGACUGUAGAGAUGUUUAUGUGUUUGGAUACAUCUGCUGUGUGGGAAAAAAAAAAAAAAAAAAACCUACAAAAAACCCUAAUUUUGUACAUAUUGUAUUUUUACUAUUGAACUGUAUUCUAGUGGCUGUUCAUGCUCCAAGACUUUAGGUAUUGAGACAUGAAUACUAUCCAUGUAAUAAGCACUUGCCUGGAAUAAAAUAUAAAACUGAAAUAAACCUGCACUGAAACCAGA